AGACAACCGGAAACUAACUGGACCGCUGUUUUACAGCCUCAGCUUCAGAUCCACAGAGCAGACGUCCAGCAGCUGGUGGUGGUUGAAGAAGAGGUUCCCCCUGAACAGCAGGAGUGGAGCUCCAGUCUGGACCAGGAGGACCCAGAGCCCCCCCCACACAUUAAAGAGGAACAGGAGGAACUCUGGAGCAGUCCGGAGGGAGAGCAGCUUCAAGCGCUGGAGGAGGCUGAUAUCACCAAGUCCACAUUCACUCCUGUCCCUGUGAAGAGUGAAGAUGAUGAGGAGAAACCUCAGUCCUCUCAGCUUCAUCAAAGACAAACUGAACACCUGGAAACAGAAGCUGAUGGAGAGGACUGUGGAGGACCAGAACCAGCCAGGAACUCAGAUCCAGACAGACAUUUACAACCAGAGACUGAGGUCAACCCUGGAGACGCUUCUGAACCUGACACUGAAAACUCUUCUGAACCUGACACUGAAGACAGGGCUGAUUGGAAGGAGACCAGAGAACCAGGUUCAAAGUCUCAGAAAAAUAAACAAGACCCUGUCAGUGAUUCAGGACGUAGUGCAGGAGAGAAUACAUUUGGCUGCUCUUUGUGUGAGAAAACGUUUACACAGAGAGGAACUUUAAAUCGGCACAUGAGAAACCACACAGGAGAGAAAACAUUUGGCUGCUCAGUUUGUAAGAUAUCUUUUGCACAGAGAGGAAAUUUAAACAAACACAUGAGAAUCCACACAGGAGAUAAACCAUUCAUCUGCUCAAUUUGUAAGAAAUCUUUUGCACAGAGAGGAUAUUUAAGGAAACACAUGAGAAUCCACACAGGAGAGAAACCAUUCAGCUGCUCAAUUUGUAAGAAAUCUUUUGUAGAGAGAGGAGAUUUAAAGAAACACACGAGAGUCCACACACGAGAGAAACCAUUCAUCUGCUCAAUUUGUAAGAAAUCUUUUGCAGGGAUUGGAGAUUUAAAGAAACACAUGAGAAUCCACACAGGAGAGAAACCAUACAGCUGCAGUGUUUGUGACAAAAGAUUCAACCGGAGUCAUCACAUCAAAUUCCAUAAGUGUGUUGGUCGUCAGUCCUCACAGCUUCAUCAAACUCAAACUGAGGAGAACAGAGAGGCAGAGCCUCCAGCCAGCAGCUCAGCUGAACACAUGGAAACAGAAGCUGAUGGAAAGGUCUGUGGAGGACCAGAACCAGCCAGGAACUCAGAUCCAGAGUGUUAGAGCCAUCUUCCUUUUGUUAUUAUUGUCUGAAUGUUAAGCUUAAUAAUAAUAUAAAUUAGAUUAAACUCUCACUUAUCAGGUAUUUUUGUGAGUCACACUAUGUUCUUGGAAAUAUUAAUGACUUUAUUUCAUGUAGAUUAAUUAAAGAAAAAGAAACAAUGGAUCCUGAUAAUCCUCCAGCUAAUGUUGCCGUGGCAGAGGAGAGAUUUAAAACUCUCGAAUAGGAAAACUUGGAGCAUGCACCCGCAGAAUGAAUGAAUUUAAAGCAUUACUGGUGCAAGGGGGAAAUAUGGAAAAGGUGGAUAAAGCUGUUGCAAUGUUCAAGAUGUUACUCAAUGAAUUCAUGGAGUGUCAUGGACUUUUUCAAAUGCUUUUAUCUGAGGAAAUAAGGGAAACUGAGAGAAUGGAUUGGUAUGAACCAAACAUGUCUGCAUUCACGAAUUUCCUUAAGGAUGUGGAAAAGCUCUCAAAUGGAUCCUCAGAUACUGAUUGAACCCCAUGACAGUGUUUCCAAUGCAUCAGCCAGGAGGAGCUCAAAAGCAGGAUCAACAACUUAUUCUGCUUCCUCAACCCACCUCAAAAUAGCCACAGAAAGAGCUGCCCUCCUUGCCCGGGCAGCAGGAUUAAAGGAAAAGCAUGCAUUUGAAAUUGAAAAGGCUCAACUGCAAGCUAGAUCCUGUUGGAGCAAUGAGGACGGUGGUAUGAAGCCCACCUCGGCUCCGCGCGUCCCUUGAUGAGCUGGUCAAAUUAUAAAAGAAGGAAUUCGAAACACCAGGAUAAAGGAUAAACAAUAAACAAUAAUCUGUUUUAAUGGCAAAAAACAACAAUACACUUUAAAGGGGUACCCCUGCUCUGGUCCGAGUGCUGUUUGAUCUUACUAUCUUGGCAGCAGGAGGAAAAAGAAACCGGACCAAGGACACAACAGGGAUACAUGCAAUUCCAACGGGAGGAGUUGUGUCCGAUGCUCCUCCCAUAGCAGUCAUCCAUUGGGAGAUACAAAAACGAUGGCCUGUCGCAACGAAUCAGCACGAGCCAGCCGAGGCGACCCUGAAA